UCGCAGCCACCGUCCGUCGCCUCGCUCCCCCCAAGCUCUCCAUUUCUGCUUCCCGAUUUCGCUCCGCCCGCCCUAAAACCCCUCCUCCUCAGGUCGCGUCGCGCGCCGGAGCUCCGGUCGGUUUUUCUGCACGGACAUGGGUCAGAUCCAGUACUCCGAGAAGUACUUCGACGACACUUACGAGUACAGGCAUGUGGUACUUCCUCCUGAUGUCGCCAAGCUUCUCCCGAAGAACCGCCUCCUUUCUGAAAAUGAAUGGCGUGCCAUUGGAGUGCAGCAGAGUCGUGGUUGGGUUCACUAUGCAAUUCAUCGCCCUGAACCACACAUCAUGCUCUUUAGGAGGCCUCUGAAUUACCAGCAGCAGCAAGAGAACCAGGCCCAGCAAAACAUGCUUGCUAAGUAAACAUGUUAUUUUGCUAAUGCUUUGAAACAAUAUUACAGUAUAAUUAGGGUUGGAAGGUUUAGUAAAUGUUAGGAUGUUAUGAAACUUGUCAUUGUAAUUGGCGGCAAUUCUCCUCUUUGGAGAAUCUAUCGUGGAACUUUGUUUGUUGUGGUGUCAGUGAUCUGAUGUUUGUACUGGUCACUUUGGUCCUUUGUUUGAAUAGCACUUGCCUUGCUUGGCUGGUGUAAUUGACAAAUGUCUGGCGGAUAUCAAGAUGAAUACUUAAUACUGAUUUUGUGUUUUAA